AUGAAUGGCGCCAAUCAGAUCACAGAAUUGCUCGGAGGGCCAAGUUUGGAGCAACCGCUCUCGCUCGAGAAGAAACCCGAAGGAAGUUUCAUAGACCAAACAAUCAAAGGCCUUUCGAGUAACCCGUUGUUCAGUGCCGGUGCCGGACUUGCAGGAAUAGGUAUGGCUGUUACGUUGUUGAAACGCUUUGCUGUCGUGGGAUCAUCGCUACUCCGUCGCCGUUACAUUGUCUCUCUACAGUUGAAUAAUGAGGAUCCGGCUUAUUCUUGGCUUCUUGACUUUGUCAAUCGACAUAGCAAUCGUUCUGCGAGAAUGUUGUCCGGACAUACUUCUUUAAAGAUUGGUGAGAGCGGUCGGGCGGCAAUUUCUGUUGCGUCACUCCCUGGUCACGGAAAUCACUAUUUCUCCUACAAAUAUCGAUGGAUUCAUUGUGAACGAACUCGUGAAGAGCAUACCGUGUCGAUUGAUGGGCGAAGAACUCCGUUUGAGACGGUCACACUCACAACGUUAGGGACGGAACCGAAAUUUCUGCUUCGUAUGGUCGAAGAUGCUGCGACGGAGGCGCUUUCUAAGAUUGAUACAGGGCUAGUCGUCUAUAAAGCGCUUGGCCCAGAAUGGAGAAGAUCAGGCGUGCCGAGACCGAAGCGACGUUUGGAUUCAGUUGUAUUGAAAGAAGGAAUGACUUCACGAAUCGUCGACGAUAUUGAAGAGUUUGUGGCUUCCAGAAAAUGGUACGAAGAAAGAGGCGUCCCCUAUCGACGUGGUUACCUCUUCUAUGGUCCUCCGGGCACCGGUAAAAGCAGCUUCAUCACUUGCCUAGCAAGCCAUCUCGGGUAUUCGGUUUGUAUCAUGUCGUUGAGCGACCGACUCCUCGAUGACGACAGGCUAAAUUUACUCCUCAACACACCUCCACAAAAUAGUAUCAUCAUUCUUGAAGACAUUGAUGCGGCGGUGACGAAUCGAGAGGAUCCAAAAAACUCAGAUCCAAUUUACCAAGGAAUGACAAGAGUCACCAUGUCCGGAUUAUUAAACGCGAUCGAUGGUGUCGGAUGUGCAGAGGAAAGACUCCUCUUUAUGACAACAAAUCACGUUGAAAGACUAGACAGUGCUCUGAUCAGACCUGGACGAGUCGAUGUAAAAGAGUAUUUUGGCAAUGCUACGCAAGAGAUGAUGGAGAAUAUGUUUAUACGCUUUUAUGGAGAUAAUUGCUCUGCUGAUGACGCGGUGGAAUUCGCGAGGCAAGCUGCUUCACUUGAAGUCGAGAUUUCUCCAGCCACACUACAGGGCCAUUUCCUCCUUUACAAAAAGGAUCCGCGAUUAGCGAUCAGCCAUGUGGCAGAUAUGAAACAACCACUUCUACGG